AGAGGUCGGUCAGUGUUUGUGUGAUAUUUACUAGUGCAAUACGUGUGUGACAGUUUUCACGCAAAUGCCAGUAUGUUAUACCACUGUCUGUUCUUUUUGGUGGCGUAUUCCAUGUUCAAUAUAAGACCAACGAAUGGAUGGAAUGUUCCUUCUAGUAGUCAAUAUCACAUCCAAACCGAUGAAGGCCCCGAACGGUAUUUUCGAUAUCAGACUGACAGUGGUCAGUACAGAAAAGAAAAACGAUUAGAAGAUGGUACAGUAGUUGGCACCUACGCUUGGAUAGAUGAUAAUGGUAUCCUUCAAAAAAGAGACUAUAUGGCCGAUAAUACUGGCUAUAGGAUUUUGAAAACUACAAACAUAUUUGUAGGAAAGAAUGUUCCUAUUGGACAAGCUAUGAAAUCUAUUGCAAAAUAUCAUGGUUCAGCUGGUAUUUUAGUAAAUUCUAGUCAACAGCCAGUUAUAACCAUCCCUUAUAAUACUGAUACGUCACAUGCACCCGACUCACAACCUGUUACUAAUAAAGCAGAAAGGCCUUAUGAGGACACACUUUCAAAUAGUCUUCUAUCAGCAUCUCUAAAUGUAAUACAAUCAACAGAACCGUCUGUAGUUACAAUCACGCCAAAAUCCGUAUACUCAACAUCUACACAUCCUUUACUGUUACCACCAAGUAACUCUACUACUAAUGUAAAUAACGAUAACUACAUCUCGACAACACCUUUUUUUCUAGAAUCCACAUCACAGCUUCCACCAUAUUAUCAGUCAACCACUCCUCGGCCUGCAGAACCACCUACUAUUAAAUAUAUUUCAUCGUCACAAAACCCUUAUGAAUUAAAGCCACAGUUGUAUGAUAAUAAUAAAGAAGUAUCUAAAGAAGUCAAACACAAUUCUUUGGAAUACUUAAACCAAAUUGACAAUUCCUACAGAUUCCAUAAUGGACCAACAUAUCCCUUGGACCAAAACGGUAAACCAUAUUUUGGUCAAAAUCUAAAAAAUGAAUAUGACCCUCAAUACUCAACUUAUGACGGCAUCUCAGUCACUAAUGAUGGAUUCCGGUAUUAUAUCCCAAGGGCAUAUCACGAGGAAGAAACUCUUCCUGGGGAUAAGAGAUCAGGUAGCUUUGGUUACAUCGAUCCAUUUGGAAUACGUAGGGUUAUAUAUUAUAACACGGCUCCAGGAAGUGGAUUCCAACACAGGAAAAAUAAUAGAUAUGUAGGUUUUCAAGCAACUCCUUAUGAUCCAAGGCCAUAUUGAAGAUUUGGAGAAAUCAAGUAACAAUUAG